GCGAAAAGCCAAGAGACACUCUGUUCGGAACCGGCAGUGAAAACAGUCGAAUUAGUCGUGGUAUUAGAUCUAGUCUAGCGAGCGAUCAACCAAUAUUACGUAUAAUCGGUUCUUUGAAAUAAAGACCAUUUAUCAUUCUGUUAAAUGUUAAGUGAUUUAUUUAUACUCUUCAAUUACAUUAAUAUUACAGUCGGUAGCCAAUCGGAGCACGUGAUUCGAACAACUACGCUUAACGGACAUUUGGAAUUAGCGUACGCGGUGCUCUAACCGUUACAAAAUAUUCUCGAGAGACUAGACGGAUUUUUGUCCAGCCGUUUUGAGCCGUUCGUCGUUGUUAAAAACUAGGCGGAGAUCUUUCAGACACGUGUACUGUUGUUACUGCUGCCUAUAGCGAUGAGUACAAUAAUAUUUGCAAGUGUUGUGUUGACAACUUUAGUGUGUGUUGCUAUAAGUUACUUAUUUUUAAAUUACCGGCGUCGGCAAUCUUUUAUUAAAGCAGUGAACACUUUGCCAGGACCAAGAUUAUUUCCAUUUAUCGGGAAUAUUUACAUAUUUGCACAAAAAAAUCUUGAUUUUUUAUACGUCAUUGAUACGAUGAUAGAUAUUUAUCCGUCUCCAUUUCGAUUCUGGAUUGGCAACAAGGCAUUUAUUGAAAUAUAUGAUGCAGAUCAAAUAAAGACUGUUUUACAAAGUCGAUGUUUCGAUAAAAGUCUAUUUUAUGACACUGCUAAACCAUUAUUUGGCGAAGGACUGAUCACAUCUCCUACAUUCACAUGGAUUCCACAUCGAAAAUUGGCAGGACCGACCUUUAAUACACACAACCUGCGAGGCUUUUUUAAUAAAUUUGUAGAACAUUCUUUGAUAUUUACGGAUGAAUUAGAAAAAUUAAAUAAAAAUGAAAUUAUCUUUCAUAAGCCUAUACUCAAAACUACUGUCGACAUUGCAUGUGAAACUUUAAUGGAUGUCAAAUUGGAAUCAGAAACGAUCAAUGAAGCAUUUGAAGUAUUCACGAGUUACAGAGACAAUUGGAAUUAUAUAUUACUUGGUACAUUGUGGAAUCUAAAUGCUGUAUUGAAUUUUACUAAAAUAGGAAAGAUAAUUCGAAGAGUAUCAAAAGUUCGUAACUGUAUCAUGAAUGAGUUGGAGCAAAGCAAGAGCACAUUAAUUAAACCAGAUAUAACCGAGAAUAAUAAGAGGGAAAAAACUUUGUUUACCAACUUCUGGGAAGCAUAUCGUGGAAAAUCAUUAACACGAAAAGAAUUUUACGAUAAUAUAAUUUCGAUAAUACUAGCUGCCAGUGACACAACUGCUGUUGUAAUGUAUUUUGUGACCUUUGUACUAGCAAAUUUACCAGAAAUACAGGAAAAGGCAUAUAAAGAAUUAUUAGGAAUUUAUGGCAAUAAAUCUCCAAAAUCUGCACCAGUCAAAUAUGAGGAUUUACAACAUAUGGAUUAUUUGACUCGAGUUAUUAAGGAAACAAUGAGAAUGUUCCCUGCUGUUCCUGCAAUUGGACGAUGUCUAAGAGAAGACUUAAAAAUAGGAGAAUUUACUUUACCAAAAGGAGUUGAUGUUAUCAUACCUAUAGUAAGUGUGCACCGAAAUAAGAAGUAUUGGCCGAAUCCUUUAAUGUUUGAUCCAGACAGAUUUCUCCCAGAAAAAAAAGUGGAUUCUUCCAAUUAUUACAUUCCUUUCAGCGAUGGACUUAGAAAUUGUAUAGGUGCGAAGUAUGCAAUGAUGAGUAUGAAAGUUAUUCUGGCAACAUUGAUACGAACAUUUGAAUUCAAGACAGAUAAAAAAAUCAAAGUAGAUGAAAUAAAAUUAAAAAUGAAUAUUACAUUAGAACCUGUUAAUCCUAUAAAAGUUAAAAUUGAAAAAAGAGAUCUUCAAUAAAAAAAGAAAUAACAAAUAAAAUGCGAGCAGUAUGUAGCAAUAAAUCAAUAGAUUUAUUUAUGGUUUCAUAACAAAUUCUGACAUUAAACUUAUGGUAGAGACUUAGAGUACUCUUUUAUCAAAAUAAUUUUUGAAAAAAAAUCUUUGAUUUUUUCUAAAUUUUAUUAAUGUAAUUAAAUAGA